CAACAACGGCUACCGAAUGACUAUAGAACAAGCAAAGGAGGAAAAACAGCCCUUUUCAUUAUUGGAAAGCGUCAGCAUUUUCAAUGUAGAACUCGGCGCCACAUGACCUCAGGUCCAUCAGUCAUGUGAAAACUACCCAUAUGACACACAAGCAAUGUUUCCCCGUUCAGUAACAAGCUGAAUAUUUACCAGCAGCGACUUGAGUUGUCGGUUGUACCAGAAGUGUAGAUUGAAUUACACCCAAUGGAACUAUGUAUACAGGCAGUAUUGAGAACUUGAAUAUCCAUACUAAGUCAAACAAUGGCAAGCAAGUCCUCGAAAAGACGCGUGAAACAGAAUGCACUGGGAAGUGAAACUGAGCAAGCACCAUUUACAUUGACUGUUGAGAAAAAGCAACUAAGAGAUGACCACGUGGAGGUGCCCUAUAGGUCAGCAUGGCAGGACUUCAGGAGGAAAGUGGGUUUGCUGGUGCCAUACAUGUGGCCCAGGGGAAGUUUGCUGCUGCAGGGUCUGGUGAUACUUUGUGUUGGGCUUCUGGGUCUAGAGCGGGUCAUCAAUGUUUUUGUGCCCAUUUACAAUAGGAAUAUAGUAAAUCAGCUGUCAGCAAUGGAAAGUUGGAGAAACCUGGCCAUCACAGUCUGUGUUUAUGUUCUUCUGAAGUUCUUGCAGGGCGGAGGUGCAGGUACAUCAGGUUUUGUAAGUAAUCUACGCAGUUUCCUCUGGACGUACGUCCAACAAUACACCAGCCGUGUGGUGCAGGUUCGUCUUUUUGCUCACCUGCAUGCCCUCUCACUACGCUGGCACCUGGGCCGCCGUACCGGAGAUGUCCUGCGCAGCAUUGACCGUGGCACCUCCUCGGUCAACAACUUGUUAAGUUACAUUGUGUUCAGCAUUCUACCUACUAUUGCUGACAUCGUCAUUGCUAUCAUCUAUUUUGUUACGUACUUCAGUGCCUGGUUCGGUCUCAUCAUCUUCAUCUGCAUGGUCCUCUACCUCACUCUCACCAUAAUCAUCACUGAAUGGAGGACCAAGUACAGACGGAACAUGAACGCACAGGACAACAAUGCCAAAUCAAAAGCAGUGGACUCACUUCUCAACUUUGAAACUGUAAAGUACUACAAUUCUGAGAGUUUUGAAGUCAGACGCUUUGAGGAUGCCAUCCUGAAAUAUCAGGCAUCUGAAUGGAAGACCAAUGCUUCUUUGGCACUGUUAAAUCAAAUCCAGAACCUGAUAAUUGGAUUGGGGUUGUUGGCUGGAUCCCUGCUGUGUGCGUACUAUGUUACAGUGGACCAGUUUCAGGUUGGUGACUAUGUUCUCUUUGGAACCUACAUUAUUCAGCUCUACACUCCACUCAACUGGUUUGGUACAUAUUAUAGAAUGAUCCAAAGUGCUUUUGUUGACAUGGAGAGCAUGUUUGAUCUCCUCACAGAGGAAAAAGAGGUCAAGGAUGAUGUGACUGCAGGAGACCUGUUGUUCACAGAGGGGAGAAUUGAUUUCAAGAAUGUGUGCUUUAGUUACACUGCUGGAAACGAGGUCCUCAGUGAUAUAUCAUUCACAGUAAUCCCUGGACAGACUGUAGCACUGGUUGGUCCAUCCGGAUCAGGAAAAAGCACCAUCAUUCGCUUGCUUUUCCGUUUUUAUGAUGUGCAGGGUGGCUACAUUCUCAUCGAUGGCCAAGACAUCUCAAAGGUGAAGCAGAACUCCCUCCGAUCCUACAUUGGUGUAGUUCCUCAGGACACUGUUCUUUUCAAUGACAAUAUCCGUGAAAACAUUCGCUAUGGACGCAUAUCUGCAAGUGACCAGGAAGUUGAAGAGGCUGCAAUGGCUGCUGACAUCCAUGAAAAGAUAUUGUCCCUUGCAGAUGGUUAUGACACCGAAGUGGGUGAAAGGGGUUUGAAGUUGAGUGGAGGAGAGAAACAGAGAGUGGCCAUCGCUCGCACAAUACUCAAAUCCCCUCGCAUAAUUUUGCUUGAUGAAGCCACAUCUGCUUUAGACAGUCAAACAGAGCGUAACAUUCAGGUGUCUCUCUCCAUGGUGUGUGCCAAUCACACCACUCUUGUCGUGGCACACAGGUUAUCCACCAUUGUUAACUCAGAUCAGAUCCUUGUUCUUCAUGACGGCCGGAUUGCAGAACAAGGAAGACAUGAGGAGCUGCUUGCAAUCGGGGGACUGUACUCAGCCAUGUGGCUAAAACAACAGCAGAGCCAAGAAUCAGAAGAACAACCACUAGAGCCACAGAAGAGUGGCUAAAAAUGGAGUAAUGAUGAUGGAUGAAAU